CAUGUCCAAGGAACAACCACUCCUUCAUAACCUUAAAACAUUAUAAAAGCCAAUUCAACCCACCCCACAAAUUUAUCAUCUCAAUACUUCUUCUACUUCCAAGUGUAAAAACAAAAACAAAAAAAUGAACAAUCUCAUUGGUUUCUUCCUCAUUUCUCUACCACUUGUCUCAAUUGUUAUAGGUCAAGAAAGAGCACCUCAUGGACUUGUUUACCAAAACCCUGAAGCAUUUUCACCCUCAGCAUAUGAAUUCUUUCAUCCCAAUUCACAUAAAGUUGAUCCAUGCACUUCAUCAAAAUGUUCACCCCUGCCUUUAGCUGUUGAAGCUACUCAAAUUCAUGAAAGCAAAGUCUCAAAAUUAGACAAAGGCAGGACAAAAUUGGGAGCCGGCGGUGUAGCUGGCAUUGUAUUUGGUCUUGCCUUUGUCGUGCUUUUAGCCAUGAGUGUUUAUCAUAUAAGAGUUACUCGUAGAGCCAACGUGAUCAGAGCCAAAGCUAGUGAUAGUGUUCAACUAGAUGUUUAACGGGCCUUUGUCUUAUAUAUAAUUAUUUCAAAACCUUAUGGCAUAUAAUUAAUUUGUUGUCCCUCUAGUUUAAUUAAUCUAAUAUCUUACAUUUGAUUAGUUCCAUGUUUUUAAGUAGUUGAAUUUGACUUUGGUUAGUCAAUGUAUCUAUGGUUAGUUUCAAAUUUGGAUCUUGUUUAACAAUCAUCAAUGUAACGCAUUUUCAAUUUUCUUUUAGUUAAUUGGAUUAUCUGAAAUAAAGAGCACAUGAACAACAUUUAGAAAGCAA